CCUUUUCCCCUCCCCCGACCUCCCCGCGCGGUCCUCCCGGGCCUAGUUUCCCGCAGCCCCUGAGCCCGGUCCGAGAGAGAGGUUCCGGAGCCCGGGCGCGGCCGGGGGCCGGGUGUUGCCGCCGGCCUGCCCGCCCCAGCCCCCUCGGCACUGCCUCGGGAGCUUCAGCUGCCCACGCUGUGCAGUGUACUCCGUGUUCUGGCAAAACACCGACGGCUCACGUCGUCCUCCCGGCCUCAGACGCAUUAAUACACCUUUGAGUUCCUCUUCUGGCCCUGACCUCCCUGUCAGUCUUCUUGUCAUGCUCUUUCCUCCAGUUGGACAGAUAAGAAUCACAAGAAAAGCAGAUGGCAUCCGGGCAUUUCUGCUCAUCUGGAGAAGGGAUGGAAAUACUCCAACAAGCAAACAGCUUCCUCCUUGUAACCUGAGUGAAGAGGACCUAUUACAGAACCCACACUUCAGCAAACUGCUGCUGAGUCUCUCACAACACAUGGACGAGAGUGGCUUAAGCCUCACACUGGCAAAGGAGCAGGCUCAGGCGUGGAAGGAAGUUCGAUUGCAUAAGACAACGUGGUUAAGGUCUGAAAUUUUACAGAGAGUCAUUCAAGAGCUGCUUGUGGACUACUAUGUGAAGACACAAGACAGAAAUUUAACUUCUGAGGACAAAAAGUUUCAUGAGACCCUUGAACAGCGGCUGCUUGUGACUGAGCUGACACAGCUCUUAGGUCCCAGCCAGGAGAGGGAGGUGCCCCCACUGCUUGGGCUGGAGAAGGUGGACCUUCUGGAGCUCAUGCCACCCUCAGAGGAUUUUAUGUGGAUGAGAGCCCGGCUCCUGCUUGAGGUGGAGGAGCAGCUCAAGAAGAAAUGUUUCACUCUGCUCUGCUACCACAAUCCCAGUUCAGCGCUCUGUCUCUGCCCAGAUUCAGACAGUGAAACCCUGAAGGCAGCAAAGGUAUGGAACCUCGCAGAGGUCCUGGUGGGUGAGAAGCAGCAGUGCCAGGAUGCCAAGAGCCAGCAGAAGGAGCAGAUGGUGCUCCUGGAGAAGAAGAGUGCCACCUACUCCCAGGUGCUUCUUCGCUGCCUGGCCUUGCUGCAGAGGCUUCUUCAGGAGCACCGGCUGAAGACUCAGUCUGAGCUGGACCGUAUCAAUGCCCAGUACCUGGAGGUCAAGUGCAGCGCCAUGAUCCUUAAGCUGCGGAUGGAAGAGCUCAAGAUUUUGUCUGACACUUACACUGAUGAGAAAGUGGAAGUUCAUCGUCUCAUUAGGGACCGUUUGGAGGGGGCCAUUCACCUACAAGAGCAGGACAUGGAGAAGUCCCGACAGGUCCUGAACGCCUAUGAGGUCCUCGGGGAGGAGUUUGACAGGCUGGUGAAAGAGUACACCCAACUCAAGCAGGCAACUGAGAACAAGCGCUGGGCCCUCCAGGAGUUCAACAAGGCCUGCUGCUGAGUGUGGGUGGGGCCAGGAGGCUCAGCUUCUGCAUAGGGGCUGCCUCCUCCUCUUCCUGCUGGAAGGGCCCCCUCCACCUGAGCCCACCUUCACUCAAGGGAGCGUGGGGACACUUGCUCAAAACACUGCAGUCCUUUAGGCACCCUCCUGGUUUUUCUUCCUUGUUUACAAUGAGAGUCUCUUCUAGCAAAUGUAACAGAUUUGUAUAAUUUUCUGUACAGCUAUUUGUCAGUGUCAGCCCUGUAUCAUACUUGAUUAUCUCCUGAAUAAAGUGAUAAUGUUAUAUCUGA